AUGGAGAAGAUACUCUGUGCGAUGUUGGUCCUACUAAUGCUUCCUCAGAGAGUUGACACUCUAACCCAGACCAACUGCUCGCUAGAAUUCCGAAACAUGGACCAUUAUUACCAGGAAGGAGACUUGAUCAUCGGAGCGAUUCUCUCAAUAAGGACAUCAAUGAUUUAUAUGAAAGAAGAUUUUAAAAUUAAACCUUACAGAAUGAACACAACGUGUCGCAUAAUAAACAUAAUGAACUACCAGAACCUAUUGUCUUUUGUAUUUGCCAUCACGGAAAUUAACAGAAAUAAAUGGAUGCUCCCUAAUAUCACUCUUGGCUUUCACAUCGUGGAUUCCUGUUUUGUAGAAGAGAAGGCAUUGAUGGGAAUGUUCACCAUAUUAUCAGGAAACCUACUUCCCGUACCAAACUAUCGUUACAGACAUGUGUCGGCCUUGGCGGGUUUUGUUGAAGGAAUAUCUUCCAAAGUGUCACUCUUACUGGCCAGACUCUUUACUGUCUACAGGAUCCCGCAGAUCAGUUACUCCUCUUUGGACCCUGUGCUAAGUGAUAAGAUUCAGUUUCCUUCAUUCUAUCGCACUGUUCCAAACGAUAACGUACAGCUUCAGGCAAUAGUAAAGCUGAUAAAAUAUUUUGGCUGGUCCUGGGUUGGUCUGUUGGUUUCUGACAAUGAAUCUGGUUUAGAGGCUAGCCAAAUGCUGAAAAAAGGACUCCCUGCGAGUGGUGCUUGUGUUUCCUUUCUGGAAUUCAUUCCUUACCGUGAUGGGUUAAAGGAAACAACACAAACGCGGAUUGUUUGGAUCAUAUCUUCUCAAUGGGAUGUAGCUGCAGGACUAGACUUUCAGUUUUUAAGUUUCAAACCGUUCAAUGGGAGUUUGGCAUUUACUCUUCAUAGCACUGAAAUUCCAAAUUUUGAACCAUUUUUAUUAAAUAUGAACCCAGAUCUUUACCCAAAUGAUAUUUUUCUAAAAAAGGUCCAUAAAUAUUUGAAAUAUAUCAAUUUUACAAACAACGCCAGUGGACACAUCUUGUUUGAUGAUCACGGAGAUAUGUUGUAUUCAAGAUUUGAUGUUUUGAACUGGAUUGUUUACCCCAACCAAACUAUGAACGCCAUCAAAGUUGGAACCUUUGACCAACUGAAUUUGUCAGAAGAUCUGUUAAUUAACAGAUCUUUGGUUAGGUGGAACUCAUUGUUUAACCAGACUCCUCUCUCAGAGUGCAGUGAAACAUGCUUACCUGGGUACAGGAAGUCUCCAAGAAAUAGACAACCUCCUUGCUGCUAUGACUGUAUUCCUUGUCCAGAGGGUGAAAUAUCCAACCAAACAAAUAUGGAGAAAUGUUUUAAAUGCCCCAAAGAAAAGUGGCCUAACACGAAGAAAGACACAUGCUUCUUCAAACUUAUUACGUAUUUAUCCUAUGAAGAACCACUGGGUAAAUCCAUGGCAGUGGCGUCAAGUCUUCUCGCAGCUAUAACUUACUGCAUUGUGAUCAUUUUCAUGAGAAACCGAAACACUCCAAUUGUACGAGCUAAUAAUCAACACCUUAGCUACAUUCUCCUUGUCUCUCUCAAGAUGUGCUUUCUGUGUAUUUUUUUAUUUAUUGGUCACCCACAUAAAGUGAUCUGCAUUCUAAGACAAGCCGUGUUUGGAGUCGCCUUCUCAAUAUCAGUGUCUUCUAUCUUGGCCAAAACUGUCAUAGUAGUCCUUGCUUUCAAUGCCACCAAACCAGGAAGCAAAUUACAGAGUUGGAUUCAAUCCAUGAUAUCGAACGCUAUUGUUGUUAUCUGUACUCUGGUUCAGAUUUCUGUAUGUAUUGUAUGGUUGGUAGUAUCGCCUCCAUUCCCAUAUUACAACAUGGCAGAUGACUUUGGGAAGAUUAUUGCUGAGUGUAAAGAAGGUUCAGCAGUAGGAUUUUAUAGUGUUCUUGGAUAUAAUGGAUUGCUGGCUCUUGUUAGUUUCUUUGUAGCUUUUUUAGCCAGGGACCUUCCUGAUAUGUUCAACGAAGCCAGGUUUAUUACCUUCAGCAUGUUAGUAUUCUGCAGUGUUUGGAUCUCCUUUAUCCCAGCUUAUCUGAGCACCACAGGGAAGUAUGUUGUGGCAGUGGAGAUAUUCGCAAUACUGGCUUCUAGCACUGGGAUUAUUGCAUGUAUAUUUAUUCCUAAGUGCUAUGUUAUACUUUUUAGACCUGAAAGAAAUAACAAAUCCUUUGUCUUAAUGAACAGACACAAGAAAGACAGGAUUUGA